AUGGAUGAGCCUCACCCUGGGAAAACCACCUUUAUCAUCAUGGUUUUUCUCCCCACAGCCAAAACACAGCAAGAGGGGCUGCGGCUCACCACCUACUGGAGUACUUCACCUGCUACCCACCCUGGUCCUUGCCAGGGAACGCGCUUCCACAAUGUACGGAGACCGUUCAUCUGCAUAACACUGCCUGCUCCCUCGGGAGACCUCCUCUUGCCCUCCUGCCACGCCGACCUUCUGCGGCCACCCCGCACCAUCCCUGUCUGUUGCGAGGAGGAGGGUGGCCAGGCCAUGCAAGCUGGGCAGCUGCCAAAGAGCGAGACCACGGAGGCAGCGGAGGCAGCGGAGGCAGCGCGGGGAGAGGAGCUGCUUUCCAUGUUCAGGAUCCCAUGCGCAACACCCAGACCUUUCAAGCUAGCCAGAAGCUACGCGGCCCUGCUAGCCGACUGGCCGGUGGUAGCGGGCCUGUGCACGCUGCUCAUCGUGGUCUGCGCCCUGGUGGGCGUGUUGGUGCCGGAGCUGCCAGACUUCUUGGAUCUGCUGCUGGGUUUUGAACCAAGAGGGACAACAAUAGGGAAGAGACUGUUCACUUGGAAUAACAUGGUCAAAAACACCAGAUACAAAACAACACUGGCAAAUUACCCUUUUAAAUAUGCUGACGAGCAAGCCAAAAGAUAAUGAUGCCAUCAUGAUGAUCGGUGGUCAGAGGAGCAUUAUGAAAGAGAAAAAAGAGAAGUGGACUGGAACUUCCACAAAGACAGCUUUUUCUGUGACGUUCCAAGUGAUGGGUACAGCUAGUUAGUGUUUACCUCAACAGGAGGGGAGACACUGUGGCAUUUACCUGCAACUAAAUCCAUGUGCAGUGUAGAUAACUCCAGGAUCAGGUCUCACCCCCAAUUUGGUGACCUCUGCCAGAGAACCACUGCUGCCUCUUGCUGCCCCAGCUGGAUGCUGGGGAACUACAUUGCCAUUCUGAACAACAGGUCGUCCUGUCAGAGUAUCGUCGAUCAAGAUAUGUCUCACACCCUGAAGCUGCUCUGCACCUGUGCCAAGCACUACCAGAACGGCACCGUAGGGCUGGACUACUGGGAUGCCGCCACCUGCAGGAAGGACCAGCUCAAGUGCACCAGUGUGCCACGCAAGUGCACCAAGUACAACGCUGUGUACCAGAUUCUCCACUACGUGGUGGACAAGGACUUCAUGGCCCCAAAGGUGGCUGACCACUCCGCCCUGGCGCUCAGGUACAGCAUGUUCUUCUCGCCUACGGAGAAGGGAAAGAGCAUGAUGAAUGUUUACCUGGACAACUUCAAAAACUGGAACUCCUCAUACGGCGUGAUGACCGUCACUGGGAUCGAGUUUGGCAUCAAACACAGCUUGUUUCAGGACUACCUUCUGAUGAAUACUGUGUAUCUGGCCAUUGCCAUGGGGCUUGUCCUGCUGGUCAUGUGUGUCUACACCAAGUCCAUGUUUAUAACGCUGAUGACCAUGUUUGCCAUCAUCAGCUCCUUGAUCGUCUCCUAUUUUGUCUACUGUGUCAUGUUCAAUUUCUAGUUUUUCCCUUUCAUGAAUCUCACUGCACUUAUCAUUCUGGUCAGCAUCGGGGCCAACGGUGAAUUCGUGCUCUGUGAUAUGUGGGCCUACACCAAGUACGACAAGCCCCGUGCUGAGGCUGCGGAGACGGUGAGCGCUGCCCUCUUCAUGUUUAUCACCAGCUUCACCACUGCCACGGCCUUCUAUGCCAACUACGUCAGCAAGAUCACAGCCAUCAGGUGCUUCGGCGUGUACGCGGGCACCGCCAUCCUGGUGAGCUGCAUUCUCAUGGUCACCUGGCUCCAGGCUAUGGUGGUACUGCACGAGCGCUACCUGCUCAACAUCUUUAGCUGCUUCCGGAAGCCCCAGCAACCCAUGCCACAGGACGACAAGAGCUGCUGGGCGGUGGCCUGCCGGAUGUGCCACAGGCUGGUCCUGGCCAUCCCCGAGGCCUCCCGGAUUUUCUUUGAGAAAGAGCUGGCCUACAACGUCAUGAAGUUCCCCUACCUGUGGCUCUUGUGGUUCCUCGCGCUGACGGUAGGUGGCGCCUAAAUCAUGUGUGUGAACCCCAAGAUGAAGCUGCCCUCCCUGGAGCAGUCUGAGUUCCAGGCUUUCUGAGCCUCACACCCCUUUGAGCGCUAAGACGUCUAGUACAGGAAGCUGAUCACGUUUGGGCGGGUGCGCCACGGUGAGGAGCUCCACAUGCUCAUCACCGUGGUCUGGGGCGUUUCCCCCGAGGACAAUGCCAACCCACUAAACCCCAAGAGCAAGUGCAGACUGACGCUGGACAGCAGCUUUAACAUUGCCAGCCCUGUGUCCCAGGCCUGGGUCCUGCACUUCUGCCAGAAGCUGAGGAACCACAUCUUCUUCCACCAGACGGAGGAGCAGGACUUCACCAGCUGCUUUAUCGAGACCUUCAGGCAGUGGAUGGAGAACUAGGACUGCGACGAGCCGGCCCUGUACCCGUGCUGCAGUCACUGGAGCUUCCCUUACAAGCAAGAGGUCUUCAAGCUGUGCAUCCAAGAGGUCUUCAAGAGGGCCAUCAUGGAGCUGGAGAGGAGCGUGGGCUACCACCUGGACGGCAGGAUGCCAGGGCCACACUUUGACGUCAACGACAAUCGGGCUGUGGUGCUAGAGUUCCCGAGCACCCGCCUCUUCACGCUGGCCUAUGAGAAGAUGCACCAGUUCUACAGCGAGGUGGACUUAUGGAUCUCCCGGGAGCUGCGCUGUGCACCUGAGGGCCUCGGCAAUGGCUGGUUUGUGAGCAACCUCGAGUUCUACGACCUCCAGGACAGCCUCUCAGAUGGCACACUCAUAGCCAUGGGGCUGUCUGUGGCUGUAGCCUUCAGCGUGAUGCUGCUGACCACGUGGAAUGCCAUCAUCAGUCUGUACACCAUCAUCUCUAUCGCAGGCACCAUCUUUGUCACUGGGGGCUCCCUGGUCCUGCUGGGCUGGGAACUAAAUGUCCUGGAGUCUGUCACCAUCUCCAUGGCCAUGGGGCUGUCUGUAGACUUUGCCGUCCACUAUUGGGUUGCAUACCGCCUGGCUCCAGACCCUGACCAAGAGGGCAUGGUGAUCUCUCUGAGCCACAUGGGCUCAGCCAUCGCCAUGGCCGCCUUGAUCACCUUUGUGGCUGGGGCCAUGAUGAUGCCAUCCACUGUGCUGGCCUGCAUGCAGCUGGGUACCUUCAUGAUGCUUGUCGUGUGCGUCAGCUGGGCCUUCACCACCUUCUUCUUCCAGUAUAUGUGCUGGUGCCUCGGGGCACAGGGCUCCUGUGGGAAGAUCCUUCUGCCUCAGAAGCUCCAGUGCAGCGCCUUUUCCAACACCCUGUCCCCCAGGCCCGGUGACCAGGGCCCAAACAAAGCCCGCCCUGCAUACCUUCUAGAUCCCCAGGUCCAGAAAUUGGAAGAGGAACAUGACUUCUACGAGUUGGAACCACUGGUGUCCCACAGCUGUGUGGCCUCAGACAAGACCAGGGGAGAGGAGACCUACCUCUGUGCUGAGCUGCUGAGCAGCCCGGCGAGGGGGUUGGGGGUGCCCUGGCAUGCAGCCUGCUCUGGGGAGCAUGGCCUAUGUUCAAGGGCUGACUCCAGUGUUGCCCUGUUUCCACCCUGCCCUGAGCCACAUCCCACAUUCCCCUUCUUCUCCCUCAACCAGCAGUGUCGCUGUGGCUUUGGCCAGAUCCAGAAUGGGGUGGUGCCCCUGCAGGCCACACAGCCGGCCCCUGAGGGCUUCGUGCACCACCGCCCACACCCGCAACCCCACCCCUGUCCUUGCCUGCAGCGCUGUGGAAAGCCACUGGGAACAUAG